UGCCUGACCUACAUUUUUUUCCAAACUUACAGUGAUCAAGGCGAUAUGAAAAACACAGAAGAGGAAUUUACCACGUUAGCUAUCAAAAUAGGUGUAACUGUCGCUGUUUUCCUUCUCAACACUGGUUGGGCUAUUAAAGCCAUUGAGUUGUGCCAAGAAAGUUUGAUUUUAUUAAACAACGGUGAUUUAAGCGCGGACAGUCCAGUUGCUAAAUCAUUUGACGAACGCAUCCGCACCACAAUAAAAAGGGCGUGGCUCACUCUAUGGAAUUCAUCAGGUAUUGAAGAAUAUUUCAGGAAACUUUCACUUCAGCCUAAAGAAGGAAAGAAAUUUUAUGAAUUAGUAAUAAACUUGAUGAAAAUGGCCGGAAAAGGACAAAGAGAAGCAGAACGUUAUAGAAGACUAGGAGUGCUUCUGUGGUCCUCAGGACAAUAUGACAAAGGGAAAGAAUAUUUUGACUUAGCACUCGCUAUCUAUAUAGAAAUUGGCGACAGACAUGGAGAGGCAACAAGCUACACGAACCUCGGACAAGUGUUCCAGUCGCUUGGAAAAUACGACAAGGCCCGUGAAUACCUGGAGAAAGCUCUCGCUAUUCAAAUAGAAAUUGGCGACAGACAUGGAGAGGCAACAAGCUACGGAAUCCUCGGAACACUGUUCAUAUCGCUUAACAAAUACGACGGGGCGCGACAAUACCUGGAGAAAGCUCUCGCUAUCCAAAUAGAAAUUGGCGACAGACAUGGAGAGGCAAUAAGCUACCAUAGCCUCGGAGAAGUGUUCCAGUCGCUUGACAAAUACGACAAGGCCCGAGAAUACCUGGAGAAAGCUCUCGCUAUCCAAAUAGAAAUUGGCGACAGACAUGAAGAGGCAAUAAGCUACCAUAGCCUCGGAACACUGUUCAUAUCGCUUGGCAAAUACGACAAGGCCCGAGAAUACCUGGAGAAAGCUCUCGCUAUCCAAAUAGAAAUUGGCGACAGACAUGGAGAGGCAACAAGCUACGGAAUCCUCGGAACACUGUUCAGAUCGCUUAACAAAUACGACGGGGCGCGACAAUACCUGGAGAAAGCUCUCGCCAUACAAAUAGAAAUUGGCGACAGAAAUGGAGAGGCAAUAAGCUACCAUAGCCUCGGAAAAGUGUUCCAGUCGCUUGACAAAUACGACAAGGCCCGAGAGUACCUGGAGAAAGCUCUCGCUAUCCAAAUAGAAAUUGGCCACAGAAAUGGAGAGGCAAUAAGCUACCAUAGCCUCGGAAAAGUGUUCCAGUCGCUUGACAAAUACGACAAGGCCCGGGAAUAUCUGGAGAAAGCUCUCGCUAUCCAAAUAGAAAUUGGCGACAGAAAUGGAGAGACAAUAAGCUGCCAUAGCCUCGGAAAAGUGUUCCAGUCGCUUGACAAAUACGACAAGGCCCGGGAAUACCUGGAGAAAGCUCUCGCUAUUCAAAUAGAAAUUGGCGACAGAAGUGGAGAGGCAAUAAGCUACCAUAGCCUCGGAGAAGUGUUCCAGUCGCUUGACAAAUACGACAAGGCCCGGGAAUACCUGGAGAAAGCUCUCGCUAUCCAAAUAGAAAUUGGCGACAGACAUGGAGAGGCAAUAAGCUACCAUAGCCUCGGAAAAGUGUUCCAGUCGCUUGACAAAUACGACAAGGCCCGAGAAUAUCUGGUGAAAGCUCUCGCUAUCCAAGUAAAAAUUGGCGACAGAAAUGGAGAGGCAAAAAGCUACGGAAUCCUCGGAACACUGUUCAUAUCGCUUGACAAAUACGACAAGGCCCGAGAAUACCUGGAGAAAGCUCUCGCUAUUCAACUAGAAAUUGGCGACAGAUAUGGAGAGGCAACAAGCUACGGAAUCCUCGGAGCACUGUUCAGAUCGCUUAACAAAUACGACAAGGCGCGACAAUACCUGGAGAAAGCUCUCGCUAUCCAAAUAGAAAUUGGCGACAGAAAUGGAGAGGCAAUAAGCUACCAUAGCCUCGGAGAAGUGUUCCAGUCGCUUGACAUAUACGACAAGGCCCGAGAAUACCUGGAGAAAGCUCUCGCAAUCCAAAUAGAAAUUGGCGACAGAAAUGGAGAGGCAAUAAGCUACCAUAGCCUCGGAGAAGUGUUCCAGUCGCUUGACAUAUACGACAAGGCCCGAGAAUACCUGGAGAAAGCUCUCGCUAUCCAAAUAGAAAUUGGUGACAGAAAUGGAGAGGCAAUAAGCUACCAUAGCCUCGGAGAAGUGUUCCAGUCGCUUGACAAAUACGACAAGGCCCGAGCAUACCUGGAGAAAGCUCUCGCUAUCCAAAUAGAAAUUGGCCGCAGAAAUGGAGAGGCAAUAAGCUACCAUAGCCUCGGAAAAGUGUUCCAGUCGCUUGGCAAAUACGAUAAGGCCCGAGAAUACCUGGAGAAAGCUCUCGCUAUUCAAAAAGAAAUUGGCGACAGAAAUGCAGAGGCAACAAGCUACGCGAACCUCGGACCUCUGUUAGUAUCGCUUUGUAAAUACGACAAGGCCCGAGAAUACUUGGAGAAAGCUCUCGCUAUGAAAGUAGAAAUUGGCGACAGACAUGGAGAGGCAACAAUCUAUGGCAGCCUCGGAACAGUAUUCCAGUCGCUUGGCAAAUAUGACAAGGCCCGAGAAUACUUGGAGAAAGCUCUCUCUAUCCAAAUAGAAAUUGGCGACAGAAAUGGAGAGGCAGCAAGCUACACAAACUUUGGACCACUGUUCAUAUCGCUUGGCAAAUACGACAAGGCCCGAGAAUACCUGGAGAAAGCUCUCGCUAUCCAAAGAGAAAUUGGCGACAGAAAUGGAGAGGCAACAAUCUAUGGCAGCCUCGGAACAGUGUUCCAGUGGCUUGGCAAAUAUGACAAGGCCCGAGAAUACCUGGAGAAAGCUCUCGUUAUCCAAAUAGAAAUUGGCGACCGAAAUGGAGAGGCAACAAUCUAUGGCAGCCUCGGAACAGUGUUCCAGUCGCUUGGCAAAUAUGACAAGGCCCGAGAAUACCUGGAGAAAGCUCUCUCUAUCCAAAUAGAAAUUGGCGACAGAAAUGGAGAGGCAGCAAGCUACACAAACCUUGGACCACUGUUCAUAUCGCUUGGCAAAUACGACAAGGCCCGAGAAUACCUGGAGAAAGCUCUCGUUAUCCAAAUAGAAAUUGGCCACAGAAAUGGAGAGGCAACAAGCUACACAAACCUUGGACAAAUAUUCAUGUCGCUUGGCAAAUAUGACAAGGUCCGAGAAUACCUGGAGAAAGCUCUACGUAUUUACAGGAGAAUUGGCGACAGAAAAGGAGAGGCAGACACUUUAGUAAACCUUGUACAUUUGUUUCUGUCCCUCGGUAAAUAUUUAAAGGCUGACGAUUUUUUGGAGAGAGCGAACGCAAUUUGGAGGGAAAUCGGUGACAGAGAAGGACAAGCACGACAUUUCAGUUGCCUUGGGAUAAUUUCUCAUAAGCGUGGUGAGUACGACAAUGCUCUAGGAUAUUUCAAGAAAGCCCUUGAAAUUCACAUGGAUAUUGGUACGGAAGAAGAUGUUAUUGUCAGUUGCGCAAAUUUAGGAUUGUGUUUUCAAUCGCUCGGUAAAUAUGACAUAGCCGAGGAAUACUUCAAGAAGGCUCUCUUACUAAGCAGGGAUAUUGGAUACUUCUUGCAUGAGUUUCAAUGCCUUCUUGAUCUAACGGUGUUGAAGGUAUCACAAUUUGAUCUUGAAGAAGCCCUUUCGUCUCUUUUCCAAACCAUUGAAAUAUUUGACACUUUGCGAGGAUCUCUUAAAGACAACGAUGAGUUUAAAACAUCACUUUUGGAGAAGCACGGCACCUUUCCCUACGAGUUACUCAGUUGUUUGCUUUCUUCCACGGCAAAGCCACAAGACGCUCUCUAUGUUGAGGAGCUGAGACGGGCGAGGGGCUUAGCCGACUUGAUGGCAGCUAGGUACUCUGUUGUAGAGCAGAUCUCAGGCGAUCCAAAAUCAUGGUAUGGGAUUCAAAAUAUUGUCGCAAAGGAAACUGACUGUGCAUGCCUCUACAUUUCUGUUGGAGAAAAGCAUAUGCGCUACUGGAUUCUCAAAGCAACAGGGGCUAUUCUCUUUUCAGAUGAGGAAGUGAGCCUGGAAAAAAACGUGGUGACCGGAUUAGUCCCUGACUUGGAUAAGUUUUUUACGAAAAGCUUCCGUGGCCUUGGCAUUUUACCCGAACAGGAUUGCGAAGAUCGAUCUCUAGAUGACGCCGAAUCGGUGUCACUUUACCAUGAAAAUCAGCCGCUCUUGCGCGAUUGUGAUGACAAAGGUAUCAAGACAAAUCUUCACUUGUGCUACAAGAUAAUCAUCGCUCCUGUGGCCGCUUUACUGAAGGAGCCCGAAAUUAUCAUUGUCCCUGAUUCCUGUAUGUACCAGGUACCAUUUGCGGCCUUAACUGACGAUGGAGGAAACUUUGUAUCAGACACAUUUAGGUUACGCAUCGUUCCCUCUUUGACGACUCUCAAGCAUAUUCAGGACAGUCCUCCAUACUAUCACAGUCAAACAGGUGCACUGAUAGUGGGUGACCCACGGGUUGGAGAGGUGAUUUACAAGGGAAGACGCAUGAAUAUAACACGAUUGCCAUGUGCAAGAAAGGAAGCAGAGAUGAUUGGAAGACUUCUUGGUGUGACACCUUUGAUUGGAGAUCGCGCGACAAAGCAGGCUGUACUUCAAGCAAUACAUUCAGUGAGUCUGAUCCAUUUAGCUGCCCAUGGUGAUGCUGAAAGAGGAGAGAUUGUCCUUUCCCCUGAGUGUCCCGCUGACUAUGUUCCACGAGAAGAAGCCUUCCUCUUGACGAUGGAGGAUAUUUCACGAAUUAAGCUGCAAGCUAAACUGGUUGUGCUUAGCUGUUGUCACAGUGCACGUGGACAGAUUAAAGCCGAGGGCAUUAUUGGAAUCGUUCGAGCGUUCUUAGGAUCCGGUGCUCGCUCAGUCUUGGCGGCACGGUGGGCCUUAGAUGACACAGCCACAGAGAAGUUCAUGACUUGUUUCUACGAGCACUUGUUCCGCGGUGAAAGCGCCAGUGAAUCUCUUCACGAGGCCAGGAAAUGGAUGAGAAACAAUGGCUUUGUAGAAAUCUCUAAGUGGGCGUCUUUUAUGCUGAUUGGCGACAACGUGACGUUUGAUUUUGCAAAUUGGCCUGUGUCUGCUACAACCAAAUGGCCAUGA